UGAUAGAAAAUCGUCACGUGUUCACGAUAAGCAGGAAGCGACGCUACAGACAACAGUGUUGUCUACAGAGUUUGGGGGGAAAAUGAGUGUUACUUUGGAUUUAAGGCUUAAGCGUGCGAACAAAGUAUAUCAUGAAGGGGAGGUUCUGGCUGGAGUGGUGGUGAUCACCAGUAAGGAAGCUGUACAGCAUCAGGGAAUCAGCCUCACCAUGGAGGGGCUUGUUAACCUACAGCUCAGCUCCAAGAGCGUUGGAGUCUUCGAGGCUUUUUACAACUCUGUCAAGCCCAUUCAGCUGAUCAGCAGUAACAUAGAAGUGGCUAAACCGGGCAAGGUACCAGGAGGCAAAACUGAAAUCCCCUUUGAGUUUCCCCUGCAAGCAAAAGGAAAUAAAGUGCUGUAUGAAACCUACCAUGGUGUUUUUGUCAAUAUUCAGUAUACUCUACGCUGCGAUAUGAAGCGCCCUCUGCUGGCAAAAGACCUGAGCAAGACCUGUGAAUUCAUGGUUCACUGUCAGCCACAGAAAUCCAAAGUGCAGCUGACUCCAGUCGAUUUCACCAUCACACCGGAGACACUGCAGAAUGUGAGAGAGAAGAGUUCUCUCCCAAAGUUCCUGAUCAGAGGCCACCUGGACGCCACUAACUGCGUGAUCACACAUCCGCUCACUGGCGAGCUGGUGGUGGAGAGCUCAGAGGUUGCCGUAAAAAGCAUUGAGCUGCAGCUAGUGCGGGUUGAGACAUGCGGCUGUGCAGAAGGCUAUGCCAGAGAUGCGACAGAGAUUCAGAACAUCCAGAUAGCAGAGGGAGAUGUGUGUCAUGGCCUCCCUAUCCCUAUAUACAUGGUCUUCCCGAGGCUCUUCACAUGCUCUACACUCGAAACCACAAACUUUAAAGUUGAGUUUGAGGUGAACGUGGUGAUCGUUUUUCAUGACGAUCAUUUAAUAACAGAGAACUUCCCGUUGAAGCUGUGCCGAGUAUGAGAUCAUAGCCUGCGGAUUCGUUGAUGUAUUCUGGAAGAUUCUGGGAGUGGCCUUAUAACUGUUUAAGUGCCAGUUUGGAAUGAACCAGUUAUGGCUUUUGUUACAGUUACAGCCUUGCCUAAUUGUUGCAUACAGGCCGUUUUUUGGUAUUUGCAUAUUCAUUGUGAAAAAAAAUCUUUUUUUGUUUUGUUUCAUGACUGGGAAAUUCAGGACACCCAAUACUCAUGUGAUCGAACCAGUUCAUUUCAAACAGGAUAGUAUAAUAUGGCAAACAUUAGACCUGCUCUAAAUUUUCAGCUAAUCAGAACAUUUAAUAUACAAAUAUUUUAUUUACAUUCUUUGGGACAAGGGCGAAAAAUGGACCCUUGUGAUAUUUUGUCUCCUGUAUAAACCAUGUAGUACAAGAAUAAAUUAGUAUCAUUAUUUGUAUAAAAUAAGUGUAUACCC